GCUUCUGGGUAGUUGAGAGAAAGGUUCCGAUAGCGGCGCACUGCGGGUUGGUUUGUUUGCAACGGCAGUGACGGAGGUUGGGAGCCUGGCUGACUGCAGGCGGGGGUGUCAAGAGGCGGAUUCCUCCCCCCGUCGGCACUGGGGGGCGGGGAGGAGGGAGGCCGGACCAGCGGCCGGGGACCGAGCCGCAAAGACAGAGCGGGCAGAGGCGAUGGAGGGCAACGGGGUGCCAUGGGGGAGCGAGCCCGUCUCGGGUCCCGGCCCCGGCCCCGGCGGCGGCGGAAUGAUCCGCGAGCUGUGCCGGGGCUUCGGCCGCUACCGCCGCUACCUGGGACGGCUGCGACAGAACCUGCGCGAGACCCAGAAGUUCUUCCGCGACAUUAAGUGCUCCCACAACCACACUUGUCCCUCCUCCCCCACGAGCGGCGGCGGGGCAGAGCGCGGCCCUGCGGGCGAUGUCGCCGAAACCGGGCUGCAGGCGGGCCAACUGAGCUGCAUUUCCUUCCCGCCUAAGGAAGAGAAGUACCUCCAGCAGAUUGUGGACUGCCUCCCUUGCAUACUGAUCCUCGGCCAGGAUUGUAAUGUCAAGUGCCAGCUGUUGAACCUGCUGUUGGGGGUGCAGGUGCUUCCCACCACCAAGCUGGGCAGUGAGGAGAGCUGUAAGCUUCGGCGCCUCCGCUUCACCUAUGGAACUCAGACUCGGGUGAGCCUGGCGCUCCCUGGACAGUAUGAACUAGUGCACACGCUGGUUGCUCACCAGGGCAACUGGGAGACCAUCCCUGAGGAGGAUCUGGAGGUCCAAGAGAACAAUGAGGAUGCUGCUCAUGUUUUAGCGGAACUGGAGGUAACGAUGCACCAUGCUCUCUUACAGGAAGUGGACGUUGUGGUAGCACCAUGCCAAGGCCUCCGACCCACAGUGGAUGUUCUGGGUGACUUGGUGAAUGAUUUCUUGCCUGUGAUAACCUAUGCACUCCACAAAGAUGAACUCUCUGAGAGGGAUGAGCAAGAGCUUCAGGAAAUCCGAAAGUAUUUCUCCUUUCCUGUAUUCUUUUUCAAAGUGCCGAAACUGGGCUCAGAGAUAACAGACUCCUCAACCAGGAGAACGGAGAGUGAAAGAUCACUGCUUUAUCGCCAGCUAAUUGACCUGGGCUAUCUGAGCAGCAGUCACUGGAACUGCGGGACUCCUGGCCAGGAUACUAAAGCUCAGAGCGUGUUGGUAGAACAGAGUGAAAAGCUGAGACACUUGAGCACAUUUUCUCACCAGGUGUUACAGACUCGCCUGGUGGACGCAGCCAAGGCCCUGAACCUGGUGCAUUGCCACUGCCUUGACAUCUUUAUUAACCAGGCAUUUGACAUGCAGCGGGACCUGCAGAUCACUCCCAAACGUCUGGAAUAUACUCGAAAAAAGGAGAAUGAGUUGUACGAAUCAUUGAUGAAUAUUGCCAACCGAAAGCAGGAGGAAAUGAAGGAUAUGAUUGUUGAGACACUUAAUACCAUGAAGGAGGAACUUCUGGAUGAUGCUGCUAACAUGGAGUUUAAAGAUGUCAUUGUCCCUGAGAAUGGAGAACCAGUGGGCACCAGAGAGAUCAAAUGCUGCAUCCGACAGAUCCAGGAACUCAUCAUCUCCCGACUAAAUCAGGCAGUGGCUAAUAAGCUGAUCAGCUCAGUGGAUUACCUGAGGGAGAGCUUCGUCGGAACCCUGGAACGAUGUCUGCAGAGCCUGGAGAAGUCUCAGGAUGUCUCAGUUCACAUCACCAGUAAUUAUCUCAAACAGAUCUUAAAUGCUGCCUAUCAUGUUGAAGUCACGUUUCACUCAGGGUCGUCAGUUACAAGGAUGCUGUGGGAGCAAAUCAAGCAGAUCAUCCAGCGCAUCACAUGGGUGAGCCCACCUGCCAUCACUCUGGAAUGGAAGAGGAAGGUGGCCCAGGAAGCCAUUGAGAGCCUCAGCGCCUCCAAAUUGGCCAAGAGCAUUUGCAGCCAAUUCCGGACUCGGCUCAAUAGUUCCCACGAGGCUUUUGCAGCCUCUUUGCGGCAGCUAGAAGCUGGCCACUCAGGCCGGUUAGAGAAAACUGAAGAUCUAUGGCUGAAGGUUCGGAAAGAUCAUGCCCCCCGCCUGGCCCGCCUUUCUUUGGAAAGCCGUUCUCUACAGGACGUCUUGCUUCAUCGUAAACCUAAACUGGGACAGGAACUGGGCCGGGGCCAGUAUGGUGUGGUGUACCUGUGUGACAACUGGGGAGGACACUUCCCUUGUGCCCUCAAAUCAGUUGUCCCUCCAGAUGAGAAGCACUGGAAUGAUCUGGCUUUGGAAUUUCACUACAUGAGGUCUCUGCCGAAGCAUGAGCGAUUGGUGGAUCUCCAUGGUUCAGUCAUUGACUACAACUAUGGUGGUGGCUCCAGCAUUGCUGUGCUCCUCAUUAUGGAGCGGCUACACCGGGAUCUCUACACAGGGCUGAAGGCUGGGCUGACCCUGGAGACACGUUUGCAGAUAGCACUAGACGUGGUGGAAGGAAUCCGCUUCCUGCACAGCCAGGGACUUGUCCAUCGUGAUAUCAAACUGAAAAAUGUGCUGCUGGAUAAGCAGAACCGUGCCAAGAUCACUGACUUAGGAUUCUGCAAGCCAGAGGCCAUGAUGUCAGGCAGCAUUGUGGGGACACCAAUCCAUAUGGCCCCUGAACUUUUCACAGGGAAGUACGAUAAUUCCGUGGAUGUCUACGCUUUUGGAAUUCUUUUCUGGUAUAUCUGCUCAGGCUCUGUCAAGCUCCCUGAGGCAUUUGAGAGGUGUGCUAGCAAAGACCAUCUCUGGAACAAUGUGCGGAGGGGGGCUCGCCCAGAACGUCUUCCUGUGUUUGAUGAGGAGUGCUGGCAGUUGAUGGAAGCCUGUUGGGAUGGUGACCCCUUGAAGAGGCCUCUCUUGGGCAUUGUUCAGCCCAUGCUCCAGGGCAUCAUGGAUCGGCUCUGCAAGUCUAAUUCUGAGCAGCCAAACAGAGGACUAGAUGAUUCUACUUGAAAGCAAAGACUUUUCUUUUUCACUCUCUAGUUCUUUCCUUCCCCCUCACCUUUUGGCCAUGGGGAGAAUUUGACAUUUAUUCACUAUAGGACACACUCCCAAGAGAACUGGUGCUUGCUGGGAAACUUGAAACCUUCCCAGGCAGGGAUGACUCCUGGACAGUGAAGAGUUGAAUGAAUGAGCAUAUUCAGCAGCUCACUGAAGCGCCAAGCUAUUCCUUUAGCAAAAAAGUGUCUAAGAUGUGUAAAAGCUGAGGAAUGUGAUGUUCUGGCCUCACAAAUGAAAAAGAGGCAGAUGUUACCAUUGUCUAUUCACUGUAUAUGCUUCCAAGACAACCAGCAGGACACUGCAGUGGCAAUAGUGUUAAAAAGUCUCAUUCUCAUGAUUUUUCGCUCUAGCUAGGAAUAGUUUAGUCAGGACUCAGAAAAUUUGAACUUAGUUCUGGGAUUAUGAAAACAUGGGGACAAAAACAGUAACUUGUGGAUAUCAGGUUCCUGCUGUCUGCAGCCAGGGAUCUCAGGCUGCAAUGGUCAGAAGUCCCAGUGAGGGAGCUAGAAACAGAGCUAUCUGUUCCUCAUAGUGCCAGUGUGUUUACAUUUAUAGGACCACAUAUCCCUGGUUUCUGGGGGAGGGUUUCACUGUUACAUCACCAAAAGGCCCUGAAAAGAUAAAAAAAAAAAAAAAAAAAAAAAAAAGAGGCCGGGCUUGGUGGCUCAUGCCUGUAAUCCCAGCACUUUGGGAGGCUGAGGCGGGUGGAUCAUAAGGUCCAGAGUUCAAGAGCAGCCUGGCCAACAUGGUGAAACCCUGUCUCUACUAAAUAUACAAAAAAUUAGCUGGGCAUAGUGAUGCAUGCCUGUAAUCCUAGCUACUGGGGAGUCUGAGGCAGGAGAAUUGCUUGAACCUGGGAGGCGGAGGUUGCAGUGAGCUGAGAUCGUGCCACUGCACUUCAGCCUGGGUGACAGGGUGAGACUCUGUCUCAAAAAAAAAAAAAGAAUGUGUGUGUAUGUGUAUAUACAUGUGUGUGUCUAUAUCUCUAUAUAUAGACAUACACACAGAAGUUAUUGGAUUUAGAGUUACUGCUAACCCCAGAACAGAAUCUGUUCUUUUACCUUUGAGUCUUUUCUUUUGUUUACCUCUUUUCAUCUCAAAGUGGGAAAGCUCCAGAUAACAUGGUACACAGGAGUGAGUGUCUGAGCAAAACCAACCCAGUGCGAAGUAUUUGGGUGAGACCUGAGAGGUGGGAGAUGAUUGGAGGCCAUGGCGUGUGUACAAACAUACUGGAAGAAAACAAGCUUGUUUUUAAAACUUAACAUAAUCAGAAACUUUUCUUUUUUGUUUCAAUCUAACACGUUGACGUUUUUAAAAUUUGAUCAGUGAGCUUUUUAACCAAGAUUUCUCCUGCAAUUUGUUCCUUCUUUUUACCUUAUUUUAAGUAUAAUCUGUUAGAAGAAAAAAGAAGCAGACGAAAGAGAAAAACCCUCCUCUGGUAGUUCUGUGUGUGUGCCCCUCACCUGUGUGCUAGUGUCUGGGAAGUUUCCCUGAAAGGUGGGAGGCGGGUGGGUGGUCUUUUGGAGAGUUCCUCAUGAAGUGUGCUUGAGGAAAGAAAUUCUGAUUCUAGGCAGAGGAAGGGGAACAAUUUAAAUAUUGGUGCAUCUCAGAUGCACUUCUUCAAGCCUUCCUCAACCAAACUGAUCCAUUAGAUUCAGAAAAACAGGUAGACAAGGAAGUAGACAGUGGAAGGGAGUAGUCUCCCUCCAUCUGCCUAAUCCCCAAUAACUGUGGUCUGGCCCCUGUGUCCAGCCCCAGAGUUUGUAGAACAGGUCCCCAAGUAGGUGUAUAAGAUGAAUUGCAAAUUAGCCGGGCAUGGUGGUGCGGGCAUGGUGGUGUGCGCCUGUAGUCCCAGCUACUCGGGAGUCUGAGGCAGGAGAAUCGCUGGAACCCAGGAUGUGGAGAUUGUGGUGAGCCGAGAUCGUGCCACUGCACUCCAGCCUGGGCAAGAGUGAGACUCCAUCUCAAAAAAGAAAAAGAAAAAAUGAGUCGCACAUUUGCUGCUGGGAUUUUCUAGGGUUGUUUAUGACAAAAUGACCAUCUUUUAAAUAUUAAUGGAGUAUAAAUGGAGUCUAUAAUGGGUCUUUCAUAUAACUUUUAACUCUUUGGCUAUCCUGAGCUCUGAUCAUGAUACGUUUGAGCAUAGUAGCUCCCUAAACUCUUGCAGCCUUUCAGAAACUCCACGUAGUGCUAAUAACCUUUUUACCUGCAAAUGAUAAAGUAACUGACUCAGUGUCUUUGGGCUCUGUAGGCUUUAGCCUUGUUUUGGUAGGAUGUUCAGUAUAUUAGAAUUUUUACCACCUAUUUAGCUAUACUUCAAGUACUCUAUUCUCUGCACUAACUCACUUGUCCUUCUGGGAACUAUGAUGGGCUUCAAGGGAGUCAGGUGUCAAGAGAGGAGGGGUAAGUACUCUCUACUUGCUGGAAAAUCAUUGUCUAAGUCUGUUGUGUAUGAAAUUUUAGGAAAAGUCUUAUAUAGUUCCCUUUCCAGACUGUCUUCUUUUGACUCUAGCUAUAAUCAUAAGUCUGUGCUUUCAUUAUGAAGAUCACAUUCCUAGCAUUCUUUGGAAGUCUUAGCUCAUACUCCCAUUCACAUAUGGGAGGUUAGAUUUUUUUCGUCUACCCAGAGUCCCUUUUUAGUUUACCCCACGGCUUAGUCUGCAAUCAGAUGCCAGUUCUCUAGCAGAUUCCCCAACAGUUUUUUCCCCAAUGGGGAGGGUGGAAGGGAGGAACUAAUGUAAGUAAGGAGAUGAGUAGUUGUGUUACAGUUCAUUUUCUUAAAAAAAGUAUUUUGAGAAAAGGUGCAAAAUAUUCUUGAAAGUCUCUAGGCCAGCCAAAAUCCAUAUAUGGAUAUUUGGGGAUGUUAUUUAAAUACUCAGCAGGCUGAGUGCAGGUAUACGUGUGUAUAGUGUGUGUAUACUUUGCUUUUGUUUUAUAACAUUGUCAGCUAAUUUUGGCUUCUUUGUUCCUUGGCAUCCAUUCUUAUGAUAAGUGAUGGAAUGCCAUGAAACGUACUGUAUUGUAUAUUACUUGGGAGGACACUAGGUUUUCAAAGAAGUCUGGCAGCACUUGGCUUAUAGAGGGCCCAGCAUGACCAAAGUCCUAAAGAUUUUACCUCCCAGCUUUGGUUGUACGUGUUCCCAAGUGGUGAGGUGAGAUUGUGACUGGAGGAGGAAAAAGGAUGACGUGAAAGGAUGACCCUUAUUGUGUUCUGUCCUUCUAAUCAGCAUAAUUAGGGCAGCUUACCCCUGCAUGAAAAUGAUGACCUGGCCAUUUUUAAUGGCCAGAGCUUGAAGUCUGGUCUCUCAUUUUGUUUCAGAAAUGAGGCCUUCCUGCAGAGCAGUCAGGAGAAAUGGUGGAGCCUGGGACCCUUGAAUGGCUGACCCUGGGCCUAGAGAGCUGAUGGCAAGGGCUGUCUGGCACGGCUCAUUUGGGUGGGGUUUCCCCAGGCAUACCUUAGUUCCCUGAUCCUCUGCAAAGAGUAGCUCAUUGACUGAGCAAGCGCUUCACGGGAGGACUGUGCUGGUUGUUCCCAGACCAAAGAGAGUCACUUUUGACUCCAUCAACUUCAAGGGGACAGAGCCUAGGCAGCAGCUUCUCCUAAUUUUUAACACUAAAAUUCAAGGAAGCAGUGGAGGAAAGAAUGCAUUACUACCACAGAUAGAAAUAGGGGACUCGUAGAACUCUUGACUAGUACCUGUCAGCUCUCAAGUGCAUUUUUGUGUCUUUGCUUGAGCUGCCAAAGAAGGGUCACAAAGUGUUCUUCCUAAUGGAAGAAGUGCCUCGGGGUUGCAGGGCUUCAAAGUGACAACUGCACUGAAUAACACUUUAUUUUUUGGCUUUGGCUUAUUAUUUAGCACUGGGAGGCCUGGGGGGAAUUGGUGAUUACAGUAGCACUUUGGGAAGUUAAAGCCCCCUUUGGGCUUGCUUUGGAGAGAUGAUGGCAUGCUUGGUAUUCCAUUUGGAUAAUCAGGAAACCUCCCUAAUCCAUCCAUAUUGCAUCAGAGUGGGAUUAAUAACCCUGGAAGAGUCCACUGCCAAAAGAGUAGUUGCUUUCCUUGAGUUUCCAAAGCUUUUGGAUUUUCUGGAUCAAGUAACCCACUUUUUAAAACCUGAGGUCAGGAGUUCGAGACCAACCUGUAACACGGUGAAACCCCAUCUCUAUUAAAAAUAGAAAAAAUUAGCCAGGCAUGGUGGCGGGCAUCUAUAGUCCCAGCUACUCAGCAGGCUGAGGUAGGAGAAUUGCUUGAACCCAGGAGACAGGCUGCAAUGAGCCGAGAUCACACUACUGCACUCCAGCCUGGGUGGCAGAGCAAGACUCCAUUUCAAAAAAAAAAAAAAGAAAAAAGAAAAAGAAGGUUAAUCUUUCCAAAUAUGGAGGUGGGAUGAAUAGGGCUUGUUUGAUGUUGAAGUGGGUAAGGAGGGAGUGGCCUUGGAACACUUGUAUUCCAAACUCCCCUGGAGGUUUCCAGUAGCACUACUGUUCUUAAAAGGGUUUUAUUUUUAACUUCAUCUGCUUUGUUAACAUCCAGUCCAAUUGAGGUGAUCUCAGAGGUGCAUCAGGACACCAAGCACUGGGGAGGCCACCUUGCCCAGAUGGUUGAAAAGAAAAUUGGUCUGGACAGCCUGUUGUCUUUUGUCUUCUUGUAAUGUCGUUUGUUUGUUUUAAAGGACUAAUGUUUGUUACAGUGUUAAAUAAAGGUGUAACAUACUAAGUGUGUAGAAUAAAAGUGCAAUAACAAAAGAAAAUGACUUUCGCACACAGUUCAGUCUUUAUCCUGUCUCCUUUCUUGUGCUACCUGGCUCUUUCCAUAAUACUGUUACAGCAGGACUGUGGUAAUUGUGUGCAUUUUGAAGAGACGCGACUUGGGGUUAAUCUUCAUUCAUGUAAUUUUGAAAGGUUGGGUUUGGUUUUAUAGAGUAUUCUAUAUACUUGUUGGGUUACACAAAUACCAGAUGUGCUGUAUAAUAAAGAUCACAUUAACGUUUUA